AUGGGGCUCCCCAGCCUGCGGGCGGCGGCCUGGGCCCUGAGGAGAGCCUGCGGACCGUGGACCCCGCGCCUGGGACCGCGCCUCCUCUGUUUGCCCCCCAUGGCAGGGAAUGGGGAGGCCCCCGUGCCCGUGGGGACCAAGCAGGAGCAGGACAGGAAGGCCCGGCGUGGCUGGCAGGGCACGGCCAGGAUCUGGGAGGAAACAGAGCAGCAGGCGAAAAGGCUGAAGAGCAGCGAGGGUGGAGGGCAGCACAGGAAGCUGCCCAAGCGGAAGGUCGUGCUGCUCGUGGCCUAUUCCGGGAAGGGCUACCACGGCAUGCAGAGGAAUGUUGGGUCCUCGAAAUUCAAGACCAUCGAAGAUGACCUGGUGUCCGCCCUGGUCCGGUCGGGUUGUAUUCCUGAGAAUCACGGGGAGGACAUGCGGAAGAUGUCCUUCCAGCGCUGCGCCCGGACGGACAAGGGUGUGUCUGCGGCCGGCCAGGUUGUGUCCCUGAAGAUGUGGCUGAUUGAUGACCUUUUAGAAAAGAUUAACAGCCACCUUCCGUCUCACAUUCGGAUACUGGGACUGAGGAGGGUCACGGGCGGCUUCAACUCCAAGAACAAGUGCGACGCCAGGACCUACCUCUACAUGCUGCCCACGUUCGCCUUCGCCCACAAGGACCACGACACACAGGACGAGACGUACAGGCUGCACGCGGAGACGCUGGGGCGCGUGAACCGGCUGCUGGCCUGCUACAGGGGCACCCACAGCUUCCACAACUUCACGUCGCAGAAGGGGCCCCGCGAGCCCAGCGCCCGGCGCUACAUCCUCGACGUGUUCUGCGAGGAGCCCUUCGUGCGCGAAGGCAUGGAGUUUGCGGUGAUCAAGGUCAAGGGCCAGAGCUUCAUGACGCACCAGAUCAGGAAGAUGGUGGGGCUGGUGGUGGCCAUCGUCAAGGGCUACGCGCCCGAGAGCGUGCUGGAGCGCUGCUGGGGGGAGGCCAAGGUGGACGUGCCCAAGGCGCCGGGGCUCGGCCUGGUCCUGGAGCGGGUGCACUUCGAGAAUUACAACCGGCGCUUCGGCCGCGACGGGCUGCACGAGCCGCUGGACUGGGCGCAGGAGGAGGCUGAGGUCACGGCCUUUAAGGAGCAGCACAUCUACCCCACGAUCAUCGGCACCGAGCGCCACGAGAGGUCCAUGGCCCAGUGGCUGAGCACCCUGCCCAUGCAUGACUUCAGCGCCACUGCCCACGCGGCCGCCGGCCCGGGCGCCAAGGUCCCCCGCCCCCUGGAAGGCAGUGACGGGGACAGUGCCUGA